AUGGAAUUAGGUAAAGUUGUAGGAAUACCCAUCAAAGUGGAUGAAACUACUUUAAGAAGAGAGAUUGGUUACCAUACUAAUGUUUUGGUUGAAGUGUAUCUUAUGAAACCAAUUCCUAGUAAUAUUUGGGUUGAAACUCAGUAUGGUGGAUUUCUACAAGAGAUCAGAAUUCCCAAAUCACCUAAGUUAGGUAAGCACUGUAAUGUGGUGGGUCAUUUGGUGGAAGAGUGUAGAUCAAAAAGGAAGGAGGUAGAUAAGGAGAAGAAUGUUUGGCAGGCUAAAUCAAAAAGGGUAGCAGAACAAAGGAGGGAAGUCUUUUGUAAUACUCCCAAAAGAAGAGAACAACCAAUUGAGAAGGAAGUGGUAAGUCAAGAUGAAAUUGUGGAUGUAAUUAUCCCUCCAAUAAUUCAAGACGUGGAGUGUGCUUCUGAAGGUAAUAAGAGCAAUUCAGGUAAGUUUCAUGUGUUACAAGGAAUGGAUACUGGGGAUAUUCCUCCUAUUAAUGUGAUUUUUUUAGACGUAUCCUCUAGUAGUUUUUCAACGGUUCAAGUGGUAAAAGUAGUAGGUGAAGAUGAAGUGGGAAUUUCUGAAGUUAUUAAGAAGGUGAUUACAGUGGAUGUAGGGGGUGUUCUUGUUUUUGGAGUUCAUGCAGCUUCUUUAGCUAAUGAUAUGAGGGAGUUAUGGUUGGAAUUGGAGAAAAUAAGUAUUAUGAAUUUACCUUGGCUAGUUAUAGGAGAUUUUAAUACAGUUUUAAGUACUGAGGAGAAAAAGGGUGGAAGAUCUCCUUUGGGAGUGGCAAUGCAGGAUUUUCAUAACUGUAUUAAUACUUGUUGUCUCAUACAGGCUCCAACAACAAGUUUGCAUUUUACUUGGUGUAAUUAUAGAGUAGGAAAUAAGAGAAUUGUUUGCACUUUGGAAAGAGCUUUAUAUAAUCUGAAAUGGAUGGAUACUUAUCCAAAAUGGUCUUACAAAGUAAGUGUGAGGGGAGAUACAGAUCAUAGUCCAUUAUUAGGUUAUUGUACGGAUGUUAAUAAACCAAAAAAUAUUUCAUUCAUGGUCUUAAAAGUACGGCUGGAAGAGAGCAGUUUUAAGGAGGUGAUUCAGGAGGCUUGA